AUGAAAGUGAGAAUAGAGGAGGGAGAAAGACAAAGACGCAGAGGGGAAAGUAUGCGAAGGAGUGCAAAGAAGAAACUGGAAAUUAAGAUCGCUGAAUUGGAGGCAAUCCUGGCAAAGGAGAGAGCAAAAGCACAGAAAUACAAAAAGAGAUAUCAGAGGGCUAAGAAAGAAGGAGCUUCCACUACGUCACCACGUACAGCUGUAAAAGCUUUGUUGGGCCGUCAGAAGGCCCACCUCGACCCCAUUCUGAACCAAGUGAGAGAGCAACAUCCUGAUGUCUGCACACUCCAUUUUUUUAGUGAUGCUCCAGCGACACAGUACCGUCAAAAGGGGAAUUUUUUCCACCUCUCUACCGAACCCUUCAAGUAUGGAUUCAAGCAAAUUUCCUGGCACUUUUUUGAAGCCAGCCAUGGGAAGGGGGCUCCAGAUGGGGUAGGGGGGGCCCUCAAGAGAACAGCCGACAAAAUUGUCGCCCAUGGAGAAGACAUUCCGAAUGCACAGACAUUGUAUGAGAAACUAAAAGGUCAAGAAAACUGUUCAAUUGACCUGCACUUCAUUCCAGAGUCAGACAUUGAGGCAAAGCCCGAGGUACCUGCUGUGACUGCUGUAAAAGGCACUACAAGAAUCCACCAAGCCAUCAGCAUGAAACCUGGCGAAAUGAUGUACAGAGACAUUUCAUGUCUCUGUAAAUGGGAGGAAGGCACCCUGGAUUGUUCAUGUUUCAACCUUCAAAAAGUGUCCCUGCUAGCAUCUGAUCAGUCAAAAGUACAUGUGAAGGAACCAAUUAAAAGUUGGAGGCCAGAAGUCAUCGAAGAGAAGCACAUUGGUGAAUGGUGUGUAGUCAACUACGACAAUGAUGGAUACCCUGGUAUCAUUCUCGAUGUAGAGGAGCACAGCGUGAAAGUUAAAUGCACGCACAACAAAGGAAUCAACAAAUUCUGUUGGCCAAGUCCUCGUGAUGACAUCAACUGGUAUGGGGAUUGGCAGAUUCUGUGCCUCAUGCCGGAACCACAACUUGUUAACAGGCGUGCUUUCUCAGUUGAGCCAUCUGUUUGGAAGUACAUGGAGGACCAAUUACAGUAG